CGUCAUGGACCCUGCUGACUGAUACAUCACAUGACCACACCCCCCUACUCACCGCCGGCCGGGAUCACGGGGGAGUCACGGGGCAAGGAUUGACCAAUGAAGACACGCGUGUCACGCGCCUUACCGGAUCGGGCGAAGUAAACACGAACCAGCGCGGCGAAGGCAGCGAACUGGCUCAAAUGACAGCGCAGGCGGUGGCUCCUGCGCUCUGCUGGCUCUUCCACAACAAAAACGAACCGCUUGGCUUCACUCGCAGAGCCUCUCGAGUCUCUCUGAUCUUCCCAUCUCUACAUCCUCCCCGUUGUCCAUCAAUCACUUCUACCUUCCCCUCCAACGGUCUUCUCCUCCCGUUCUGCUGUGGAUUAGCGGUUCUCCCUCCUCCCGCGUCCGUGGCCUUUUCCGUUCCAUCACGUCCGCCAUCCCACUCUGCCCCCUAUCAAUUGAUCUCCGCAUCGCGCAGGUCAACCCGACAAGAUGAGAGAAGUUAUCAGUUUGAACGUCGGUCAGGCUGGUUGCCAGAUCGCCAACUCCUGCUGGGAGCUCUACUGUCUCGAGCACGGUAUUCAGCCCGAUGGAUACCUGACGGAGGAGCGUAAAGCCGCCGAUCCCGACCAUGGAUUCAGCACUUUCUUCUCCGAGACGGGCCAGGGCAAAUACGUCCCCCGUACCAUCUACGCUGACCUCGAGCCCAAUGUCGUCGACGAGGUCCGCACCGGUCCCUACCGCUCCCUCUUCCACCCCGAGUUGAUGGUCACCGGUAAGGAGGAUGCCUCUAACAACUACGCCCGUGGUCACUACACCGUCGGCAAGGAGAUGAUCGACCAGGUCCUCGACAAGGUCCGCCGCGUGGCCGACAACUGCGCUGGUCUGCAGGGUUUCCUCGUCUUCCACUCUUUCGGUGGUGGUACUGGUUCCGGUUUCGGUGCUCUCCUGAUGGAGCGCCUCUCCGUUGACUACGGCAAGAAGUCCAAGCUCGAGUUCUGUGUCUACCCGGCUCCCCAGAACGCUACCUCGGUGGUCGAGCCCUACAACUCCAUCCUCACCACCCACACCACUCUCGAGCACUCCGACUGCAGCUUCAUGGUCGACAACGAGGCCAUCUACGACAUCUGCCGCCGCAACCUCGGAAUUGAGCGCCCCGGCUACGACAACCUCAACCGUCUGAUCGCCCAGGUUGUCUCCUCCAUCACCGCUUCUCUGCGCUUCGAUGGAUCCCUCAACGUCGACCUGAACGAGUUCCAGACCAACCUGGUCCCCUACCCCCGUAUCCACUUCCCUCUGGUCGCCUACGCCCCCGUCGUGUCUGCUGCCAAGGCUUCCCACGAGUCCAACUCGGUCAACGAGAUCACCAUGUCUUGCUUCGAGCCCAACAACCAGAUGGUCAAGUGCGACCCCCGCAAUGGCAAGUACAUGGCCACCUGUCUGCUGUACCGUGGCGACGUCGUCCCCAAGGAGACCCACGCCGCCGUCGCGACCCUCAAGACCAAGCGCACCAUCCAGUUCGUCGACUGGUGUCCUACCGGUUUCAAGAUCGGUAUCUGCUACGAGCCCCCACAGAUGGUUCCCAACGGCGAUCUGGCCAAGGUCAACCGUGCUGUCUGCAUGCUGUCCAACACCACCGCCAUCUCCGAGGCCUGGUCCGCUCUCGACCACAAGUUCGACCUCAUGUACUCCAAGCGUGCGUUCGUCCACUGGUAUGUUGGUGAAGGUAUGGAGGAAGGUGAGUUCUCCGAGGCCCGUGAGGACCUGGCUGCCCUGGAGCGUGACUACGAGGAGGUGGCCAGCGACUCGCUGGAAGAGGAGGAGGUCGAGGCCGAGUACUAGACGGAAGAAGGCCCUCUGCAGGCGUCGAAGAGGAAGCUGGGAGCUAGGUGGUGAAGAGCA